AUGAUUUCCAGUCAUGGGUUAUGAAUUUCAAGUGGAAACCAGGAGGAUCCUGUGGCUAAUGGGACUGGUUAUUGCCUCAGUUUUCAUAAUUCAGUAUUUUGAACUACCUUAUAGAAAUACCAUGUCCUUUCUGUUUUCCUCCAAUGAGGCCAGUGUUCUGGGUGCGAAUGGAGUGAUCAAUAGAACUGUUGGAUCCGAGGGGGUACAUACCGACCUUAUAAAUAACUCAUCAUCAUCAGUGUUAGAUGAGGAAAAUAAAUUUGGAGAAGUGUUUUUGUAUAAGAACAGUACAGAUUUGAACAGUACAAAACCAGAAAAGGUGGGGGAUUUCGAAUUUAGAGUUUCAGCUGAGAAUACAACAGCUGAUAUUAAUUUGUCCUUUGGAAUAUCUGAUGGAGAAAUAGUUGGAGAAAUUGGAACAAUUGCUGCUAGUCCUUUGAGCUUUGAUUAUAGACCAACCCCCUUGGUUUCACCAUCUGAUUCGGUUACUUUCAAGAACAUAGAUGUAAAUCUGAUAGCUCCUGUGAUAUCUUCAAGUGCCCCUUCUCCUUCUGCUAGUGAAGAUGCAGUCGAUGCAUCUCAGGAUGAGAAAACCAGCGAUUCAUUACAAGUUGUUCAUAUUCCAUCCGAGAAUAAUUCUUCUGUAUCAAAUAGUCGUUCUCCGAAGGAAACUCCCGAGAAGGCAGUGGUAUCAAUAGCAGAGAUGAUGGAUAUGUUACACCAAACUCGAGUCUCAUCCUUUUCUAAGUCGCUCUGGACCGUCAGAUCAAAUCCUAGAUCAAUGGUUGCUGUGUUUAGUAUAAAAUGGGUCUUUCUUGUAACUAGUCGAUUCAUUCUUCAAGAACCACUAUGGCAUUCAGCUGCUGAUCAAGAAUUAUUAGAUGCAAGAUCCGAAAUCGAGCAUGCAAAUAUCACUGGGGAUCAUCCUAGCUUAUAUGCCCCUGUUUAUCGGAACCUUUCAACAUUUGCAAGGAGCUAUGAGAUAAUGGAGCAGAAGCUCAAGGUUUACAUCUAUAGGGAGGGCAAAAAACCCGUAUUCCAUCAGCCGAAGCUAAAGGGAAUAUAUGCUUCAGAGGGCUGGUUCAUGAAGAUAAUGGAAUCUAGUCAACAUUAUAUAACCAGCAAUCCAACGGAAGCCCAUUUGUUUUUCUUACCUUUUAGCUCUCAAAAAUUAGUAGAUGUAGUUUAUGUGCCUGAUUCUCAUAGUUUUGAUGACAUACGAGAAUAUUUGAAAAACUACCUCGACUUGAUCAAGACACGGUACCCUUUCUGGAACAGAACAGACGGGGAAGAUCAUUUUCUUGUCGCUUGCCAUGAUUGGGCUCCAGCAGAUACUCAACCACAUAUGACUAACUGCAUAAGGGCUAUGUGCAAUGCCGAUGUAAAAGAAGGAUUCCAUUUCGGGAAAGAUGUUUCCCUUCCAGAAACAAAUGUGAUUUCACCUCAGAAUCCCACAAAAGAAUUCGGAAGAAAUCCUUCAGAGAGAAAAUUCCUCGCCUUUUUUGCUGGACAAAUGCACGGACGUGUUCGUCCUAUUCUGCUGAAACACUGGCAAAACAAAGAUCCCCACAUGAAGAUCUUUGGUCGAAUGAAAAAUGCUAACUACAUAUGGCACAUGAAAAACAGCAAAUAUUGCAUUUGUGCCAAAGGCUAUGAAGUCAAUAGUCCAAGGGUGGUCGAAUCCAUCGUCAACGAGUGUGUUCCUGUAAUUAUAUCAGACAAUUUUGUCCCUCCAUUUUUCGAGAUUCUGAAGUGGGAUUCAUUCGCUGUUUUCAUUUUCGAGAAGGAUAUUCCAAAUUUGAAGAACAUAUUGCAGUCAAUUCCAGAUAGGAGAUACAAAUUGAUGCAGAAGAGAGUUAAGAUGGUGAGGCAGCAUUUUCUUUGGCAUACCACACCUGUGAAAUAUGACAUUUUUCAUAUGAUACUUCAUUCUGUGUGGUAUAACAGAGUUUUCCAGUUACCACUAAAAUGAGUUUGAUGCAGAAACAAACACGGGAUCAAGGACUCGUACUCAUUGAUUUCGAAGAAUACUGAGAAGGGAUUGCAAGAAGUUGGAAGAAACUCCAUAUUAUAUUACAAUUUUCAAUUAAAAAAAUA